AUGCUCGCGGAUGCGUUCAUAAAGGCUCAUGCCGGAGCCAAAAAGGUCCAAGCCCGAAAGGCGGAUAUUUUACGGAUAGCCCAAAGGGACAAUGAGUUACUGCGGGAAUUCGUCAAUCGCUUCCAAAGGGAACGGAUGGAACUCCCACCGUUUCCGGAAGAGUGGGCUGCACAGGCAUUCACCAAAGGGCUUAAUCCCCGGAGCUUAACAGCCUCGUUUAAACUAAAGGAAAAUUUAUUGGAAUACGAGGCUGUGACCUGGGCAGACGUACACAACAGAUACGAGUCCAAGAUUCGGGUGGAGGAUGAUCAGCUAGAACUGCCGCCGGGUCCGGUAAACCUAAGUAAUGGAUCUGAGAGAACUAGAAAAAAUUACGACCCGGAUACACGGUCAUCGAGGGAAAGAUAUCGGCCAUAUUCUCAAUCAGAGAAGACAAGCUUCAGACCGGAAAAGUUGAGAUCUGGCCCCGGUCAAUUCACCAGCAGAGGAGAUAGAAGAACAGAGCGUCCAUCGAAUAGUCGAGGGUUGUCGUUCAGAAGUGACGCCGAAAGUUCGGCAACUAACAGGGACCCACCAAGAAUAUCAGAAUACAACUUUAGUGUCAACACCUCGGACCUUGUCUCGGCCAUAGGCCGCAUUCCGGAAGCAAGAUGGCCGAGACCAUUGAGGUCGGAUCCCGGCCAACGGGAUCCGAAUAUGAUAUGUGACUACCAUGGAACGCACGUUCACAGAACUGAAGAUUGCCGCCAACUAAGAGAAGAGGUGGCUCGCUUACUGAAAAACGGGCACCUUCGUGAAUUCCUGAGUGAGCGGGCAAAGACCCACUACAAGGAGAGGGAGUCGAGCAAACGAAUUGAACCGGUAGAGCCUCAACAUGUAAUCAACAUGAUAAUCGGGGGUACAGAUGCUCCAAGAGGGCCGGUAAUGAAGCGUGCCAAGGUUUUCACUGUUCGAGAAAAGCGCAACCGGGAUUGUGUACCCGAGGGCUCUAUCAAUUUCAGCAACGAGAAUGCAGAAGGCAUCAUUCAACCGCACAAUGAUGCGUUGAUCGUACCAGUAGCUCGGGUGCUCAGUGGGCUCAAUAUGGCGAGUGAAACCACGAAGGGUGAGAUUUCCUUGCCAGUCAACAUCGACGGCACCAUCCAGCAGACUGUGUUCUAUGUAAUCGAAGGGGAUAUGAAAUACAACGCAUUGCUGGGUAGGCCAUGGAUACAUAGCAUGAGAGCUGUGCCGUCUACCUUACAUCAGUUGCUGAAGUUCCCGACUCCGGAGGGGAUAAAAACUAUCCGGGGAGAACAACCUGCAGCAAGGGAGAUGUUUGCAGUCGAAGAAUCAUCGCUCCUACUCAAAGAGCCGGCUCAGAAGGCGGGGUCAUCCGGGGACAAGGAUUCCAAAUAG